UUCAGGAACUGGAUAUACUGUAACACCGGAAGUAAAAUAGGUUUAUAUGAUGUCAUGAAAGUUGCGCCGGUUGUCUUUGCCUUUUAAAAAAAACCAUCACUAGUCUCUUCAUUGAUUUAAUUACAUAUAUUUGGCGUAUACUGUUACUUAUUUGAACAUCAAGACCAGCUCUUUUAAUGUUUAGUAUCCAGAGUCUUUUGUCUCUGAGUUUGCCUGUAAAUGGAAAGUGAAAUACACACCGAGUGGAGUUCGGCUUUAGAUGAAGACUUACUUCAGGACCCCGUUUCUGCAGUGAUUCCGCCGGAUCCUUCACCAUGGAGCUCAUCAGCUGGGCCCUGGUCCACUGAGAGCAGCUUACCAGCAGUAUUCAGCCAGUAUGAAGAGCAAGAUUACAGCACUUUCACACCCUCCAAUGAAGCACAGAGCCAAACCGUACAGACAGAGGACUGGACAGAGGAAAGAUCUACAAAUACAAAUGAAGACUGGGAAGCAGAUAUACGUGCUCUAGAAGACUGCAGUAUUGAUUUGAAUGAACAGUAUGAGGCUCUUGUGAAGCAACAUACAGCAGAGCAGGAGGAGCACAACAUCUGUGUCCAGAGUCUGGAAAAGACAAGAGAUGAGAGAAAUCAUCAGUACCAGGGUUUUAUUGAAAAAAUUGAGUCUUUGCAAAUUAAAUUGGAGCUAAACAGCAGCAAGACCACACGGAAAAACUUCAUGGUAAAACGGCAAGAGCUUACUGCAGAGAAAGAUCGAAUGGAAGAGGAGAAAACAAGAUUGGCUCAGGAGCUGGAGGACACAGAAAAGAAACUCAAGAUGCUGAUUGAGGAACAGAGUCAAGAGAAGCUCUCCUGGGAGCAGGAAAUAGCUGACUUGAGGGUGGAAAUGGAAACGCUCUGCAGACAGGCAGAGCAAGCCAGUCAGACCGUUCUUCAGGAUGAGAUAGCUGCACUUGAGAUGCAGAAAGAGCUUGCGCUUUCUCAAGUGGAGGACUGGAUCGUAGACGCAGAAAAAUAUCUUAAUUUUCUCAGAAUAAAUCCUUCCCAGCAGCACCUGCACCAGCAGCAGAAGUGGGAGCACAAUGUAGCAAUGGUCCGCAGCAGUCUGGUAGGACUAAAGGUGAGGGGAGGAGCUAACUGUACCAGUGGGUUACAGAGAGGUGAACAGUUGGACAGUUUGCCCUCAGUCCCGCUCCCAUUACUUCCAGCAGUCCCUACAUUGGAGAUGAUAAUCAGUCCACUUCAGAAUCCUGCUUCUCAUCCAAUUUUCAAUAGUGGUCCACCAACUACCACAACUUCUCCCCCCAUAGUUCAUCCCCAAUUCCACCCCUCGGUCACACCACCACAAAGAGCCACACCACCACUUUCAGCCCCUUCUCCUCAAAACACAGCAUACGUACCCGUCACUAUAGGUCCACAAUCUUCUCACGCCCCAAACAUGUAUGUCCCUAUGACAACUCAUGCAGCCCCUCAAAUACCCAUGCAAGCCAUCUGCCGGCCUCAAAUGUCAUCCCAUGCUCCUGUCAUGCCAGACCCACAUAUCCAUCCACAGACACACGUAGGUGGUUCAGGUGUCUCCCUGGCACCCUCAGUUGCUUCAGCAGGCACCUUUCCUUUAUUAUCAAAUAAUCAUGGUGGCAGUUUUCAUCCCCACGCUGCAGUGCGCCUUCCCCAAACGUUCAUGCAAACCAUGUCUACACGUAACCCCUCCCCCCAGCCCCUUCCCUCUAAUCCUGCACCUGCAGGCAAACUGGACAAGCUUCUGGAGAGACUGGGCUCACAUUUCCCACAAUGCACAAGAGAUCAGUUAACACGUGUUCUACAGCAAAUCAAGAGUGAGCGUGGUACUAUGGCUGGCAUGUCGAUGGAUGAUUUAACUCAGCAGGUUGCGCUCAGACUUGCGCAGAACCAAAGACCGCCACCAGGACCUAUAGCACCCCCGUCUGGAGCUAGAGCCUUUCCUGCUUCAGUUGGUCCGAUCCAGCGCCCUAUAGCCCAGCCACCACAUCCCAUGAGGCCUCAUUUCCGUCCCCCAGUUGCUCAGGUUUUCCACACAAGACCGCCACAGUCCUCUAUGCGGAAGUUUUGUUUGAUGUGUCAGAAUCUUGUGGAUCCUGGAAGUCAGUACAACAUAAACUGCUCCCAUAUAAUGCACAAAGAAUGUGUCAGUGUUUGGCUCAAGACCAGCAAGAAUAACUCUUGUCCUUUCUGCCCAUCCAAAUGAGAACUGAGAACCCAAUCACAAUCAUAGUUGAGCCAAUACCUGCGAAAAAUUAAGUGGAAUGAUGAUAUUAAUAGUUAUAUUCAAGUGUGAAUUAAGUUUUUUUAAUUCCAUUAUAACUAUGGUUAAUGUUAGAAAAUAAAUCGUUCCAUUCCCUGUCAGAGUUGACUAUUAUUAUUAUAAAGGACAGUAUGUAAUUACACUAAUUAGUUACUUUGCUGAUCAAUGGAAAUCCUUACUAUAUGAAUUUUUUCAGUAUUCAGUGUUAUUACAAAGAUUUUCAAACUUAACCUCAAGUAUAAUCCUCAUUAUGUAAGCUUUUCUAAAGGUCAUGUGACAUGGACACAAACUCCUAAACAGAAUAAAAAAUGUUCUUUUCACUUCAACAACUUUUC